GAGAGCCGCUCCCCACGUGUCAGCCUCAGCAGCGUUAUUACAAGCAGUAUGGCCGCUUCCUGGGACUGAGCCGGGACUGCCAGCAGUUAUACACAGGCCGCUGAUAGCGCCCAGCUUAGCAGGAGAUAUUAAUAAGUCCAUAGUUGAGAAGAAAACGGAUUGUUGUGCUUCACGGUAGUAUGGAAAAUGAAGAUGACGAUCCAAUUAUACACGAGCUGGAUGUUUUCCUGGCCAAAAGCCUGGCAGAUAAGCUGUAUUUAUUCCAGUAUCCAGUCCGACCGGCAUCAAUGACUUAUGAUGGAGUCCCGCAUCUGUCAGCAAGAAUUAAACCAAAGCUACAGAAGGUGGAGAUUGAUAUGGCCAUUAACACAGGGAGUCCCAAUUACUGCCGCAGUAAAGGAGAGCAGAUUGCUUUGAACGUUGAUGGCACAUGUAGUGAUGAGACCAGUACCUACUCUUCCAAGCUCAUGGACAAGCAGACCUUCUCAUCCAUACAAGCUGCAUGCAACACUUCUCGCUAUGCUGCUGCGAUCUAUCGAAAAGGUGAAAUUCAUGUAACUCCUCUGCAAGGGAUUUUGCAGUUGCGCCCAAACUUUGCAUAUUUGGACAAAGCAGACACCAAAAAUCGUGAACGGGAGGCCGCCAAUGAUGCUGGUGAUUCCUCCCAGGAUGAAGUUGAAGAUGAUGUCAAACAAGUAACAGUACGUUUCUCCCGUCCGGAAUCUGAGCAAGCUAAACAGAGGAGGGUCCUUUCCUACGAUUUUCUGCAAAAAAAACAGGCUGAGGAGUCUUGGGUGCAUCUUCAUUACUGCGCGGUCAAGGACAGCCGCUCAGAACAUGAAAGACAGUAUUUACUUUGUCAAAAUCCUGGCAUGACUGAAAAUACAGAACUAAUAAAAUCCCCCAGUGAAUAUCUACAGAUGCUGAUGCCUCCUACUGUUGAGGAAGAGACGGAGAAGCCAGUUGCUCCGAGCAAUGUAUUGUCAAUGGCUCAGCUGAGGACUCUGCCGCUUGCUGAUCAGAUCAAGAUCUUGAUGAAAAACGUCAAGGUAAUACCUUUUGCAAAUCUUAUGGGUUUAAUGGCAGCAGGAACAGAAUCCAUUACAGUGCUGCGGUGCAUUCAGCAGGUGGCUAUGUUGAUCCAGGGGAACUGGGUCGUUAAGAGUGACGUGGUGUAUCCAAAGGAGUCAUCCAGUCCUCACAGUGGUGUCUCGGCAGAGGUUUUGUGUCGGGGAAGAGAUUUUGUUAUGUGGAAGUUCACACAAGACCGCUGGGUGGUGAGGAAAGAGGUAGCUGCUGUGACUAAGCUCUGCCAAGAAGAUGUAAAGGAUUUCCUGGAUCAUAUGGCCAUCCCAAGAAUCAACCAGGGAUGGGAGUUCAUGUUGCCAUACAAUGAGGACUUUAUGAAGAAGCACCCGGAUGUGGUUCAGAGACAGAAUAUGCUAUGGAAAGGCAUACAGUCCAAGUUAGAAAAAGUGUUCAAUUUAUCAAAAGACCUGAUACCUAAAAAGAUGGAACUGUCUGCAGCACCUUCGUCUGUGAUAAUCACUGGGGACCAAGUGUUGAACAUUGCCAGAACCAAAGCCAAGGAGAACCAGGCACGUCUGGAGAAGGACUUGCAGAAGAAGAAAGAGCUGAGCAAGAAGGCUUCCAGCACAACCAUUGUGGCUGACAUCCACAUUAAAGAGGAGCCGAUGAGCGAUGACGAAAGCAUGGACACAUCUACAUAUGACAGUGUGAACAAUGGGAUGGUUAAUGGUGUCCACCUAGACGAAAACUCUGGGGAGCCCACAAAUGGCCCCAGUAAUAAAGGAGACCAGGAACCUGUUGCUAAAGAACUGAAAGAGUUUGUGGUUUCAACAUUUAAGAAACAGUAUGUGUUGACCAUGAGGGAACUCAAACGUUUAUUUAAUCUUCAUUUAGCCAGCCUUCCUCCUGGACAUAUUCUAUUUAGUGGCAUCUCUGACAAAAUGCUUCAGGAAAUGGUUUUAAACUCUGGCUGUAAGCAGAUCAUGGUGCCUUUUCCUCCUCAGAGCACUGCGACCCCUGAGGAACAGAAAGUGUUUGCCUUAUGGACUUGUGGGGACACUUAUGACAAGGAGAGACGGGCACUACUGGAACUCUUCUCCAAAGGGCACAGACUGCGCAGGAACAUGAUCCAGGCACGGCUGAGCCAGGAGUUUGGAGAAAGUCUUGGCAAACCGCAGCUGGAUAAGGUGCUGAAGGACUGCUGUGUGUGUUAUGGAGCUAUGUGGUAUCUUAAAGGAACGGUACAAACUUGAUGCUAUCUGGAACCUGGCAGUAGAUGAAGAACAUACCUGAGCGCAGGCUGUACCUGCUCUGGAUUGUAACAUGUCAGGCUCUUGCACAGUCACACAACCGUUACCAAUGGGAUGAGAUGCAGCCGGCUCGAUGGCCUAUAGUGGACAGAGCAGUCCGAGGAAGGAAGCUGCUCUGUUGAGAUGUUUACUUUUUGCUUUUAUAUCUUUUUCAUUCUCUAACCCCAGUAAAUGCACAGAAGUAUGCACAACCAAAGGAAGAGAGGAUGGUGUUACAUUUACCCAUUUAGUGCCAACAAGUUGGAUGAUGUACAGAAACAAUAUGGAGUAAUAGCAGCCGGAAUCUAUUAGACAUAAAGAUGAACUCUCAUAAACAAAUGUGUGCGUGCUUUUCUCCACUUCAUUCAGUAUGUCAGGCACUGAUUGGCUGCCCAACUUUCACCGGCCUAGUUACAGUGGAAGCUGCCAUUUUGUGCACAAAAAUUCAAUAUUUAUCAAAAUUGAGCCUGUGGGUCGCUAACAACUGACAUGGAGGUAUCUUGUGAUGUCACCAGCUGAUAGGGAAUUGGUAGGCUGAAGAUUCAGCCCAUAAUAUGGCAUCAUCCACUGUGUGUAGGCCCACGUUAGAGCUUGGGGAUUUGGCCAUUUCACUUACUGUCAGUGAUCCAUUAGGAAUUUUUCAAACUGUUUUCCCAUUUCUGUAUUUAAUUUUUUAUGAUAACUGUAUGAUAUUUAAAAUAUUAGAAAAAAAUGGUUAACUACUUAAUCCUUAUAUUUUGCUUAAUUUAAUACGGACGUGUAGUUGACCGUGUAUUCUGGAUUGACACUGGGAGGUGCCUUUUCUGUCUAUACACAAAAAGCCAGUUGGCCCCUUAAAUAACUGUAACAGACACAUCUGGUACCCAAAAACAAAUGCAUGGAGAAAAGGCUGAUCAUUGGUUAAUUAAUUUAAUAAUGACCUUUUUAUGUAAAACAUUUCCUAAUGAAAAAUAAAGUAGAUUGGAUCAUAUGUAUUUACUAUCUUUAGGUAACAUCCUCCAGUUUAAAAUAUGCAUUACUAGUCUGGAGGGAAGUAUUUUUGUUGUCUCUGAACCCCAAAAAAAAAGAACCUGCGUUUAUGAACCCCAACACCCGACCAAAACCCUUUCUUUUUUUUUUUCUUUUUUUUUCUUUUUAAACUUGUUACCAAGACAAGCUGGAGGUAGCAGUUUUGCGGAAUAACCAUAUUUGAUGAGGUUGGAUCCAGUGACUUUACUGAGGUUCCUCAUAAAACACACUCAUGUGGCAGUAAUAUACCUGGUGGCUGUAAGCUGUAGUCAUGAGACUAGUGACUAAAGCAGGGAUGGGGAACCUUUGACACUCCAGCUGUUGUUGAACUACACAUACCAGCAUGCCUUGCUACAGUUUUGCUAUUUGGCGAUGCUAAAACUGUUGCAGGGCAUGCUGGGAUGUGUAGUUCAACAGCUGGUGGGCCAAAGGUUCCCCAUCCCUGGACUAAAGCAUAUGUUCUCAAACUCUGUCCUCCGGACCCCAAAUAAUGUUUUCCAGAUCUCCUCAUAGAGUGGCAGAUGUACUAAGCCUUUGAGAGACAGUGCCAGCCAAUCAGCUUCUAACUACCAUGUUACAGGCUGUUUUUAAGGCUGUGUUUGAACGACAGGAGCUGAUUGGUUGGUAGUUUAUCUCUCUCCUUAUCACUCUCUAAGGUCUAGUGCAUCUGCCUCAUAAUGACAAGUGAAAUAAUUAACUUCUGUAGACCUUUUGCAAUGUGCCAGAGCAAUGACUACACCUGUGCACCUGCUAAGUGACUUGGAAAACAUCAUCUGGGGUCCUGAGAAUUGAGUUUGGGAAUCACUGCACUAAAGCUAUAAGUGGCUGCCUCUUGUAUGUGUAGACAGUAAGUGUUACUGUAAGGAGGAAAAUCACACCAUUAAAUAUUUCUUGGGCAUUUCUGUAAAACUGUUACCCUUUUUUUUCUGUUUGUUAAUGUCUACAAAGGUAGCAAAUUCAUGGUGCCUGUUGUCAGAUCUUAUUGGCAGCUAAGUUGCUAAUUGUUUUGUUCAAAGAGCAAACUGGUUGCUGGGAAAAUUGAUUUUCAACUGUUCUUCAUGAAGUGAUGUGUAAAAUAUUAACCUUGUGGUUACACCAGGGUUGUGCACAUACAUGGUUGUUUAUAUCAGCCCAACUUGUGACAAAUUCAGGAGCGAGGGAGACUCUGUGCUCUGUGGAGAGGCAGAUUGACCGUACAUUGCUUUACAGAGGAGAAUGACAGAAAUGGGUGGCAAACUAGGGCAUGUUAUGUCAGGUCUGUACUCUGCUUUAUUACUCACCAUGGCAGAGAACCCUCCUCUUCUGAAUGUUGCACUUUCCAUAGAGAUUAGUCUUCAUCCACCAAAAAACAGAAUUAAGAGGAUUAAUAAUAAUCUCUUAAACUGGGCAUCCACUAUACAAUUAUCUGGCAGAUAAUCUGUGGUUGGAAUGAAAACCUGGUAAUGGAUGAGAGCAACUGACAAUCGACCAUUUGCUCCCAAACACUGGAAAAUGGACAAAACCUGUCCUUGACUUAACCAAUUUGUAUAAACGACAAAUGAUCGAUUGUCAGUUGCUUUUAUCCAUUACCAGGUUUUCAUUCCAACCACAGAUUAUCUGAUGGAUAAUUGUAUAGUGUAUGCCCAGCUUUAGUUAUAUGUUGAAUAUAUCUUGAUAGGCCUCUGACUACCCAGAUUUGUGGCAUUCCACCUCUAGGUUGUCUUUACAAAUGGUGCACUUCUGAUAUAUUAGCUGUAUGAACGUAUUUGGGUCUCCCAAACUCUGUCCUCAAGGUAUAAUCAAUCUGACUGAGCUACUAAUUAUGUCACCUAUGCAUUGAUAUCCUUAAAACCUGGACUGUUAGGGUGUCUUGAGGACCAAAUUUGGGAACCAUUGAUAUGGUAUGGAGUAACGCAAUCCGCUUAAAAUGAAAUUGUCUUGUAGGCUCACAUUUCUCUCCAUACACUUUCAAUGUAGGUUCUCCUAUGGCAGAAAAUGGUCUAUAGGUUCCCCUACGGAAUUUUAUGUUGAUAAUCAAUUUCAACCAAUUUUUAGUAGCACUUUUUACCAUCAUAAUGACAUCGGGGUUGGAAGCUGUUUACGGUUUUCUUCCAUCUAACUCUAUUAAUAGGAGGACAACAGUCCCUUGUUCCUGAGAACCUCUCUCUAACCAAAGCUGCUCCUCCACAAACUGACAACUUUCUAUCAGGAACAAUGGGACAUGUCUAGUAACAAAUUAUAUCCAUGUUUACAUUCAAUAUUAACCAAGCAUUUCCUAGUACAUCUGCUCUUGCACAAUGAGCCGACAGCUCUGAUAUUACGGAUCUGUUGUAGAGAAUGGCCUUAACAUUUUUCUACUGCAAUGAAAUGAGAGAUUGGAAAGCCAGCCUGGCUUGUUGUGAAAAUAAAAUAUAUCAAAAAAUAAAAAUGGUUCAUUUUACAAUUUC